GAGCCGCAGCAGCCCCAGUGGAGAUCUGUUGGAUCUCAGGACCAGAGAGGAAUGGAGGAGGACGACCAGAACCCGGAGCAGCGGAGCACCGAGGUCCCCAGAAGACCAGCAGCAGACUGGGACUCUGAUAGCAGCCAUGUUCAGGAGCCCUCAGCAGACGUCAAGCUGGCGACCAUAGCAGGAAAGAAGGGCAAGAAGGCCCAGGAGGAGGAGCAGCCAGCAGCUGCAGCAGCAGUGAAGGAGGAAGACGAGGACUAUGUGGUGGAGAAGGUUUUGGACCGCAGAGUGGUGAAGGGAAGAGUAGAGUUUCUGCUGAAAUUUAAGGGGUUCUCAGAUGAGGAUAACACAUGGGAGCCGCAAGACAACCUGGACUGCCCCGACCUUAUUGACAAGUACAUGCAGAAACACAAGGAGAAGGAGGAGAAGAAGAAGGAGGGCAAGAGGAAAGUUGUCAGUGAGGCCUCGGGAGACUCAGAGGAGCGAGGGAGCAAGAGGAAGAAGGAGCAGAAAAGAAGAGGAGGAGAGGGACCCAAAUGUCACCAAUCUCAGCACUGUGACAAAUCCUUCACAACAUCAAACUAUUUAAAGAUUCAUCAGAGAGUUCACACUGGAGAGAAGCGUUACAGCUGUGAUCUAUGUGGGUCAGCUUUCACACGACAGAGUACCCUAAAAAUACAUCAACGCAUUCACACUGGAGAGAAGCCGUACAGAUGUGAUCAAUGUGGGGCAGCUUUCACACGACAGAGUACCCUAAAAAUACAUCAACGCAUUCACACUGGAGAGAAGCCGUACAGAUGUGAUCAAUGUGGGUCAGCUUUCACACGACAGAGUGCCCUAAAAAUACAUCAAUGUAGUCACACUGGAGAGAAGCUGUACAGCUGUGAUCAAUGUGAAGCAGCUUUCACGCAACAGCAUCACCUAAAUAGACAUCAACGUAUUCACACUGGAGAGAAGCCUUACAGCUGUGAUCAGUGCGGGGCAGCUUUCACACGACAGGGUACCCUAAAAAUACAUCAACGUAUUCACACUGGAGAGAAGCUGUACAGCUGUGAUCAAUGUGAGGCAGCUUUCACGCAACAGCAUCACCUAAAUAGACAUCAACGUAUUCACACUGGAGAGAAGCCUUACAACUGUGAUCAGUGCGGGGCAGCUUUCACACGACAGAGUCACUUAAAGAGACAUCAACGCCAUCACACUGGAGAGAAGCUGUACAGCUGUGAUCAAUGUGAGGCAGCUUUCACGCAACAGCAUCACCUAAAUAGACAUCGACGUAUUCACACUGGAGAGAAGCCGUACAGAUGUGAUCAAUGUGGGGCAGCUUUCGCACAACAUAGUCACCUAAAAAUACAUGAACGCACUCACACUGGAGAAAAACUGUACUGGUGUGAUCAAUGUGGAAAAACUUUUUCUGAGAGUUGUAACUUUAAAAAACAUCGGGGCAUUCACACUGGAGAGAAGCCGUACGUCUGUGAUCAAUAUGAGGCAGCUUUCGCACGACCGAGUUACCUAAAAACACAUCAACGCAUUCACACUGGAGAGAAGCCGUACUGGUGUGAACAAUGUGGGAAAACUUUUUCUGAGAGUGGUAACCUUAAUAAACACCAGCGCAUUCACACUGCCUUGUGAACAUGUUUUCAGAGCCAAGCUGUUUCCUCCUGCGUGUAUGUGGCUACGACAACAUAUUACGUUCCUUUCCUUUGAAGGGUUAGUCCUGUUAGAAGUGGGUGAAAUGCUGUUUCUCCUGAUGCUGUGUUUUAAUGAGAAUUCGUCCAGCCAUCUGCUGUCAGAGCAACAGCUUGUGUUUCGGACCAUUGGUUCUCUAUUUGGGCUUUUUUUUGUACAAUGCAGGAAUUACAGUCUGUCUGAAAUGGGCUUGUGAAGGAAUAGUGUAACAGGACACAAUUACUUUAACCAUGUUCAUAAAACCUGUGUUUUCCACAACAGAGUAGGGUCUCAUAUCCGCAGCUAUAAAUGUACCAAUCGCUGCAGUGAUGUCUUUUGCCCUGUUGGAAUCAGUUUGAAAUUGUUGCCUAAAUGCUGUGAGGAUAGUUCUUCAUGUUUUCAUCUAGUUCCAGUUAUUGACACACUGAGGUGAUGUUGGCGUAAAUGAGUUGACAUGUUUGAAGUAUUCCUACUGGUGUAGCCUAUUCUCGUGUAACAGAUGUGACAUACCAUUGUUUUUAUCCACCACUCUCUUGCCAUCACCCUCAUAACUUACAGGGAAACCGGAGUGACUUGUUGGUUGUUAGAGGAUCUUCUAAAUCUGGUCUGGUAAUAGUCACAUUAACGUUACUAGCCAUAUUACAACGAGCUAGUUCAGCAUAGCCUGCCUGACUGGAGUAGUGUUUUUCUUUGGGGGUGGGAGGGGCAGACAGCACGUUGCCUGUUACGUCGUUUGGGCUGCCUUGUUGAGUGCAGCGCCACUGAGAACAUUGUAUUUCACACAAUUAAGCUCUUUCUUUUCUAAAGCAAAUAGGAAUUAGUCCAACAUAUUGUUCGGUUUGUAAUGCGUACCUAAUCGAAAGCCUUAUACCGAACGGUUCAAUACCAAUAUGUGUAUCAUUACACCCCUACUUAUUUGUGUUAAAUGAAUAAGUAAAGGAAACUAGAGAUCUGAAAGAAUUGCGGUGUUAAUUUUCAAUUCAAUUCAAUUCAAUUUUAUUUAUAGUAUCAAAUCAUAAC